GGCCCAAAGAAGCAUGCAGUUCUACAAAGACAGGCUGCUGUCGUCCGGUCAGCUGAAACGGCUCAGCGAGCACAAGUACAGCUGCACGAGCAACAGCAUCCUCGAUGGCCUCCUGCAGCCAUGGUGGGACUGGCUGGUCAGCAAGGUGCCGCUUUGGCUCGCACCCAAUCUCAUCACCGUGCUCGGCCUGAUUGUCAACAUCGUCACCACCCUGAUCCUUGUCUAUUACAGUCCGGACGCGAGGACCGAGGCACCUCGGUGGGCAUGUUUUUUAUGUGCACUUGGUUUGUUUAUAUAUCAGAGUUUAGAUGCUAUCGACGGUAAACAAGCCAGGAGGACUGGCACGUCUACACCAUUGGGCGAGUUGUUUGAUCAUGGAUGUGAUUCGAUAUCAACAGUGUUUGUAGCUUUGUCAGCAUGUAUAGCUGUACAAUUAGGAUACUACCCAACGUGGAUGUUUUUCCAGUGUUUCUGUGCAAUGACACUUUUCUAUUGCGCUCAUUGGCAAACCUAUGUUUCAGGUUCCUUGAGAUUUGGUAAAGUGGAUGUAACAGAAGCACAGUUUACAAUCAUAACUAUUCAUCUGAUUUCUGCAAUCUUUGGUCCACAAAUCUGGAUGAUAGAGAUACCAUUCUUAGAUGGUUUUAUGUUUAAGUAUUUAUUAGGAGUUAUGACAGUGGUGUGUGCACUGGCAAAUUUAUAUUCCAUAUUUUCGGUGAUUUUCACCGGAGGAGUGGGCAAGAAUGGUUCCACUGUGGCUAUCCCCAUGCUCGGUGUAGGCACGUUCAAUAACUACGUAGCAUUGGCCUCUUAUGCAGGCUACGUUCACGUGUUCCUUGAAUUCUGUAAAGUCUUUGAAUCUGGUGGGAUUGGAAAAAACGGUUCCACAAUUGCAUUGCCAUACACUGGCACAGAGGUGAAGGUGUUUCCGUUAUGGGCUGCUGUGGGCAUCGCUAUUUUACUUGCACAGAGCAGCAUAUCCGUCAUUCUCGCCGGUGGUGUCGGAAAAAAUGGCUCCACCGUCGCAGGGACAUCCGUUUUAUCGCCAAUUAUACCAUUUAGUUUUGUGGUAGUACCGGCUUUUAUAAUAUAUAGAAAAAGCGCCGAACACGUCUACGAAAACCACCCAGCCCUGUAUAUACUUGCGUUUGGAAUGGUGGCGGCCAAAGUUACGAAUAGACUAGUGGUUGCUCAUAUGACUAAAAAUGAGAUGCAAUACUUGGACAGUUCAUUAAUUGGUCCAGCUAUGCUGUUCCUCAAUCAAUAUUUCAAUUUUUUCAUCAAAGAAUAUUACGUUCUUUGGCUGUGUUUCAUCUGGGUCACUCUGGAUCUCUUCCGGUACAGUGCUCAAGUAUGUCUUGAAAUUUGCGAUCACAUGAAGAUCAAGCUAUUCAGGAUACCAUGUAACCACUACACAGGCGCUAAUCAGAUCAACACCGCCGAGAAAAAUGUUCACAUGAUGGUGGAGGAAGAGCCGCUGUUAGACGAGGAAUACCAUCAUGGAUCCGACACGGCCGUCGACCUCUGAUAUAAUAUUAACUUUAAGCUAUUGGUUUCUCGAUCGGCCACACAUUUUGAAACAAUAACGUCAUACAAAUCUACGGAAAUAAUAAAGUUCGCGUCGAUCUCGUAGGAUGUUCGAUAUUGUUGGACAAUAUCCGCGAGACCGCGCGACGACGAUUGCACGAGGAAUGAAACUUGUGUGUCUCACCCUACAAAUGCAUGAUGUAUCUCGCAUACGCUCGCGUGUAGAAAAAAGAUUUGUCCUGCAUCUCCCUUUUAUACCGCAAUAUUUUGUACGUGCCGUUUCGAUACUAUAUAUACAAUUAUAUUGGAUUCUCGACGGAAACAGUACAAAGCGAGCAUUGGCGAUACGAUUGUACGAGCGAAGUCGCUUUCUUUCUUGUUAUAUGUGCGCUUAUCAGUGAAGCUACUUAAAUGGCAUUACUUAGAUGGAUAUAUAGGAGAACGAGAGAAGAUAUAGUCCUCAAUAUUACACGAAUCUAGCUCUUCGCGCAAUGUAUGCUAUUAGCGAAUUUGAAGAUACUAGUACGUAACUUUGUAUGUAGCAAAGUCAGAAUCAACGAAUUUUGUCUUGUUAGGAUCUCGUCAAAGAGAGUCCCGAGAAUCCCCGGCAAAGUCGAUAAAAUGUAUUCGGAAUGUAAAAAUGUUGAAGGUAGCAUUUUGUUUAUACAUAGAAGCGAUAUUUUGACUUGCUGAUUUUUGAAUCGUUUGAAUACGAUCGUUCGUGACGCAGAUUUCUUUCUUGCGUGCGAUAUCAGCAGAAAAGCUGUUGGCAUCAUUUAUACAGUAACAAUAAUGUAACGUAGGAAGGAGAAGCAACUUCGAAAGCUUGCAGAAAAUCGUUAAAUAUAUGUAUAAGUUAGAAAGACGAACGAACACUACAGUAUUACAAAUGUUGCUUGUAGUUUUUAAUUCUUUCGCGUGUCUGUAUUUUAAUGUGUCUAUUAUUUGCACGGAAUCUUUAUUUGCAAAGAUUAAAUCUAUCACACUAAUGUUGAUUCAUUUAAUUGUCACGCGCGAACAGAGAUUUAUUAUCUGUCAUCUUGGAUGAUGAUUUACUCUAUAUUUAAUCUAUCUAAUCUGUGGUGUUCGCACAGUAUAAGAUAAUGCUGGUUCUAAGACACUUUUAUCUCAACGAAAUCGCGUAAUUUAUUAAUUAUAAAGUUCGUAUGAUAUUUAAUAAAAUUUAUACAAGCGCGACGAGUUUCCUUCAAAUUUUCCCAA